UGUAAGUAUUCAUUUACGCCGCGCAAACGUACUCUGAUUGGUGUUCGGAUCUUACUGAAGAGUUGCGCGCUAACACGAAACAAAUAUGAUUCGGUCAGAUUCAACUGCACAUGCGCGAGGCGGCUUGGAAUACAAACCCUCCGUAGUCCUUAGAAUUUUGUUUCAGUCCUCGUACAGUGAACUCCAGUUGAAUCGCACUCGAUGUAUUGAAAAACUUUUGUAUUAAUUACAGUGAGCAAUGUAGUGUUCAAAUUAGAAUUGACGGGAGCUUAAUUUCAUUUCUUUCCUAUAUUUUACUUCAAAAUUUUGCGAAUAACGUGAAGAGCAUAUAGUGAAGUGAAGUGUUAAUUGAAUGACAAAUAGUUUAUAAUAAUGGCAAAGUUUUUGGCAACUAUUAAAGCAAUAAUAACUCGAUUAGUUUUUGCCGCACAUGGUUUCAUUGCGAUUUGGCAAGUUACUACGUUUAAAAAGAAUCCUCUCUUUUGGUACUUGAGUAGCCCAAUUUUACUACUGUUCUUUGAGGGUAUCUUCACGCUUUCCAUAAAAGAAAAUCAAGAAUGGAAAUGGUUCUGUCCCUCUGUAUUCUUGUACCUCAGUAGUGUAGUGCCUGCAAUAUGGCUGCUGGAGUUGGACAAGGUUGAUAGAAGACUGAAAGCAUUUGAGACAAAUGUCAACAUAUCAGAAAACUUUGACCUCACCAACUUGGCAGCUGAGGACUUGAAACAUUUGGAGAAAGCAUUGGGUGUAAAUAUCUACCUGCCCGACAUACGCAUCUCUACGGAGACAUGGGUGACUUUAAUCGAACAGUUCCUGAUGUUAAUUCUGAUUAUUGGAAGAUGGAUGUUACCAAAAGGUGAACUGACACGCGACCAACUAAGUCAAUUGUUGUUAGUUUACAUCGGAACAGCCGCAGACAUCAUCGAGUUUUUCGAUUCGUUCAAAGAAGAUCGGAUAGCACGCGAACCGGUGCUGGUUUAUCUGACUCUAGGAAUUUGGGCGUGGUCCUUGAUGCAAUUUACCGUCGUCCUGACGGCUACCAAGUCCAGGAAGUCGCGACUCUCCUCCGGAAGUGCUGUCAAAAAGAGAGUACACACACAGACGAGCUGUUGUAGCAUCGACGUUUGGGGGAUCGCUUUGAACAUGCUUCUACAGGACGGACCAUUUCUUGCGUUCCGACUUAUUCUAAUUAUACACUACCACAUUGUCAGCUACAUGAACAUUUUCUUUACCUGCAAGAACACUCUGGUUAUACUUCUUCAGCUGUAUCGCUUAUACGUCGUGCAAACGGAGAACAGGAACAAGCGAAAGAAGAAACCUGAAAUGUCAAAUAUUAGUAUCAUUUCACGAGGGGACAUUUAUAAGGACAUGAAAAGUCGAAAAACUUCGGUCGAAAGGAGAAGAAAGAGAAGAAGAGACAAUGACGUGGAAGCAAAUUACUCACACAGUGAAGAAACAACGGAGGAAGAGGAGCAACGUGAUUCUUCUCCAAGAAACAAUCAUUCUAAACGAAAAACGCAUCAGGACAUUAAACACUCUACAUCCAGUUCUGGAAAACAUAAAAAAUUACAGAAGAACGAGAACAAGAAAAAAUCCUGCAAAGAUUCUAGAAAUGAAGCGUCUACUGAAGAAGAAAAACGCAGACGGAAGAUCGACAGAAAACCUUCAGCGAAGAGAGACAGAAAAUUAUCAGAAGGCACCAGGACGAAAUCCAGAACCGAUGACUCCAGUAAAAGUUCCAGUAGAAGUAGGAAGUGCAAAGACGACAGUGAAGACGAGUCGACCACCGAAGAAGUUGCUGAAAAGACAGUCAGUGAAGAAAGUGAAUCAGAAUCUGAAAGAAAAAGAUACAUUCACCGAAAACGACUGCAAGACAGAGACUGACAAAGACGUAUGGGCAUCAUCGCGCUCUUGUUCGUCUACUCUGCGAUCCUCGUUACUUGCAUGCUCUUCAUACAUGCUGGUGUCAAUAAU